CCCAUUACAAUUGUAACUUAGAAAAUGAUAUUCGCGUAAAAGCCGAAUUGGAAAUCUGCAACAAACAUUUUAUCGUAUUUUUUUAAUAUUGAAAUGACGUAAUCAAAUUUAAAUCGUAUCUAUUUCAAAUUGAAAAUCCGAAUGUUUCAUUGCUACCAUCGUUGCAUGUUCAUAUUUUAAUUCGAAAAAAUUGGAAUUGAAAGACGAUAUCAAAUACGGACAUAUCUAUUUAUACGUACAGUAUGUACAACCGUUCUGCCAAACGCACAGCAUUUGAAUUUCAAAUGGUUGCUAUUUGGUAUCUAAGCACGUGACAGAAGCUAUCGCGUGUCUUGUUUACGCGUAUCGUCGUCUGAUACAUUUCGAGUGUUUUGCAAAUUUUACGUCGUUUUGCGUAAGACAGUAUAAUGUUCUUAGAACAAGAUAGGUAGGACUCAAAUUCAUAGCCGGCGACGUUACGAGAAGACUACGGACCUAUUCUGAAUCGGAGUUUUCUUUCUCUCAUUUUGACUGGUUAAAAAUUAAUUGUUUAUCGGUUGGGAUUUACUUUUAGUUGAAUUUCAGUUAUGUUAUCAGUUCAAAGGAUUCAAAAUGCUAUCACGAAUUGAGAGAACUAGCAGAGAGCUCGAUUAAUCUAUGAAUGAAAAAAGCAAUUUAAUAGCAUUUCGUUAUGGCAAUAGGUUAUGAUAUGCAGAUAUGUAUAUACGCCCCCGGCACGAUUUUUUGAUAGUGCUCAUCUUAAGUAAAAGCAAAUAUAAAAAGUUGGAAAAUUAUUAACUUAUGAAUAAAUACAUCAUAGCGGGGUUGGGCGUUCUGUUGCGUAGGACAAACUCUUGUCGGUAAACACGUAACUUAUUUAAACAAACUUUGUUAGGCGUGGCUCCUCAUAACUUUUAGAUUUAUUCCACUAUAGAUCUUUCGUAAGUUUUAGGAGUAUCAUUUGCGGGUGUCAGAUUCAUGACUAUUCACAUUUUAGUAUCAGGGGAGUAAACUAUUAUAUUUGUGUAGGAGAAAUCCACAUUCAAGAAAAAGUAUAUUUACUCAGAAACGACUACACAUUAUUAUUAAGACUAUUAUUUAUCCAAGAAUUUAUGGGUGUGAUUAUGUUGUACGAGUGAUUGUUCUACUGAUAGUUGAUCGGCACGUAGGACAAAUUUUUCUUUUUAGUUUUUGUGACUGUUUGAAUUGAAGUUUAUCUUUUGUGAAUUGUGACUUACAGAAGGGCGUAGUGCUAAGACUACUGAAUUCUUCAGUUGUGGCCAUAAAUUUCAUCAUACUUUUUGCAUGUGACUUUGUUUUAUACCAGCUUUCUUAAUAAUACCGAUGUAUUUUUUCAGAUACUAUCAGAAAUGACAAAUGUUUAGUUUAAAUUAACACCUUUUUCAACUAAACAAUUAUUAGCACUUCCAAAUAAGAAGCAAGAUGAGUAAUGUGACAUCCUCAUCUAUCAUGGAUAAUGUGACCACGCCAUCCUCCUGCGCAAUGUUCCUUGACUAUGAUUGUAACAAUGGAAUCAUUUUACCUUUGGUGAAUGAAUCUCAAUGGAGUACUGGAUUUAGAGCAUGUCUUUAUCUGAUUGGUCUAUUGUGGAGCUUCAUGUUUGUCGCCAUCAUAGCUGAUACAUUCAUGUGUGCAAUUGAAGUCAUCACUAGCAAGACAACUGAAAUAAAAGUUGCAAGACCAGACAAAGAGGAAGGGUAUGAAAUAAUUGAAGUACGAGUUUGGAAUGAUACAGUUGCUAAUCUUACCUUGAUGGCUCUUGGUUCAAGUGCUCCUGAGAUUUUGCUUUCAAUUAUUGAAAUCACCACGAAUAACUUUAGAGCUGGGGAACUUGGUCCUAGCACUAUUGUUGGAUCUGCUGCUUUCAAUCUUUUGAUUAUCAUUGGAGUUUGCAUUGUCGGAAUUCCAGAAGGUGAAAAAAGAACAAUCAAGAGAUAUAAAGUAUUUGCAACAACUUCGCUUUUUGCCAUUUUUGCUUAUGUUUGGCUGUAUCUUGUUCUUGUUCCAAUAACUAAAAAUGAAGUUCAUCUCUGGGAAGCAGUAGCUACAUUUGCCUUUUUUCCUAUAUUAGUAAUCUUCGCUUUCAUAGCUGACAAAGAUUAUUGUGGAAAGAAAAAAGUGAAAGGAAGCACAAUUGAGAUUGAAAUGGGUGACGUUGAAGAUUCAGCUUUGAUGAAUGUCACAGAAUCUCAGGAAGAGAAGUUGAAAGGUGUUGUAAGUGCAUUUAUGCAAAAUCUUGAUAAACCAGAGAAUAUUUCAGAAGAAGAUGCUGCUUUGAUCGCUGUCCACAAAAUUCAGAAAGAUGUUCCACACAGCAGGGCAUGGUAUAGGGUGAAAGCAUCGAGAGACAUGCUGGCUGGAAAAAGAGUUGAUCCUAGUUUAGGUAACACUCUCGAAAGACUCAGUGAGUCCUCACCUGAUAAACUCAAGCACAAGGUUGAAGUCAACCAAAUUCUUGGCAAAACACAAUCCGAGGAAGCAAUAGUCGAAUUUGAUGCUGUUUCGUGCUCUGUACUUGAGAAUUGUGGCUCGGUUAAACUUUCAGUUGUGAGAUCUGGUAAUACUGCAAGCAAAGUAUCUGUCAGGUAUGAAACGGUUGAUGGGACAGCAAAUGCAGGUGAAGACUAUACACCUAUCAAGGGGGAGAUGACCUUCUAUCCACAAGAAGUAAGAAAAUAUGUUGAAGUGUACAUUGUUGAUGAUGAUGUAUGGGAGCCAGAUGAAACAUUUUUUGUCAGAUUGUACUUAGAUGUAGAAGAUAUGAAUGGAGAGAAAAUAAAAUUGGGAAGAAAAAAUAUAAAUCUAGUUACAAUUAUCAAUGAUGACGAACCAGGCACUGUAGAAUUUACAAAACCAAGUUACUUAGUGAAGGAAAGUGUUGGUACUGCUCAGAUACCUCUCCAUAGGUUUGAUGGUGCUGAUGGAAUCGUUACAGUUACUUGGACAACGGAGAAUAUCACAGCAAAAGAAGGUGCAGACUUUAUUGGCCACGAAGGAAAAAUAACAUUUGAGCAUGGUGAAGACACAAAAAAUAUAGAAGUUCCAAUUGUGAAUGAUCACAAAACAGAAAAAGAUGAAAGUUUCCAAAUAAUUUUGAGAUCAAUAUCAGAGGGAGCAAAAUUAGGACAUACACAGAAAACAGUUGUGACAAUUGUAGGAGAUGAAGAAUUUGAUGGAUUGAUCAAAAGAGUCAUUGCCAAAACACAUCUGAAAUUGAAAAAAAUGAAACUAGGAUCACAAUCCUGGGCAGAUCAAUUCGCAGAAGCUAUGAAUGUAAAUGGCGGAGAUAUUGAAAAUGCUACAGCUGGUGAUUAUGUCAUGCAUUUACUUACAUUUGGAUUCAAGUUUAUUUGUGCGUUUGUUCCCCCACCUUCAGUCGGAGGAGGAUACCCAUGCUUCCUCUGUGCACUUGUAGUUAUCGCUAUUCUUACAGCUCUUAUUCAAGAUCUAGCGUCCAUAUUUGGAUGUCUCAUCAGUCUUAAACCGAGCGUAACAGCAAUUACAUUUGUAGCUCUUGGUACAUCAUUACCUGAUCUCUUUGCAAGCAAGACAGCGGCAAUACAAGAAAAAUAUGCAGACAAUAGCAUUGGAAAUGUAACUGGAAGCAACAGUGUAAAUGUGUUUCUUGGGCUUGGUCUUCCGUGGCUUAUAGCUGCUAUAUAUUGGAAAGUGAAAUACAACAGUCCCUUUCCCAUUGAAUCUGGAAACCUGGGAUUCAGCAUAGCUAUCUACUCCAUCUGUGCUGUUUUAUGUACUCUGACAUUAAUAAUCCGUAGACUGACAUCAUGUUCUGGAAAAACUGAACUCGGCGGACCAAUGCCAGCAAGAUAUAUUUCAGCCUUAUUUUUUUUCACUCUGUGGUUGACAUAUAUCAUGCUUUCUGCUUUACAAGCUUAUGAUAUUAUACCUGGUUUUUAAUCUGCUGCUUCUUAUACACUCAAGUGGAAAUGGAAGAAGGUCUGCUUCGAAGUUGGGAAAGAUGCAAUUGACUCAGAAAUAAAAAUAUAGUGAUGUAAUAAUGCCUCUCAUAAAUUUUGAGACAGAAUAUACAAUGAGUGAUUAAACAUCUUGAAUGUAAGGUCAUGUUAAAAGCAUGUCGGUCCGCCAUACUAUGUUUGCUUUUUUACAACCUAUAAAAUUAUAUGGUAUGGUAUACUACAAAUAUAAAGAGUCAUACACAUACAUUCCAAAUCCAUGUUAGGUGUAAUAGAAAAGAAGACCACAUACUAUAAAAAUAACAUAAUUUCUCACUCAUAAUCAAUAUGCUCAAAUGUUUAUUGAUUUGUUAUAGAGUACUAUUGAUUUCUUCUAUGGCUUAGGUUCAGCCCCAUGUCAUAUGGGAAUUUAAAAAACCAUACCUACCAGUUUAUCAUUGUAUUGAUAUCAUUAUAUUACCAAUGUUUUUUUUUUUUUGCUCAUUUACUUCUUAAUUAAUUAUGUUCAAAUAAUUUGCACAAAACAUAGUAUAUAAUUAUCAUGUUAUUUGUUAGAGAUGUGCUCGCACAUAAUAAAUAUAUAUAUAUCAUAUAUUCAGAACAGGUUUUAAUUCUGAUUCUGCAAUUUUUAUGAGCAUUAUAAAAUACCCUAAUCUUCAUUAUACUUUAAUCAUAAUGUCUAGACUCCAAUAAUCACAGUGAAACCAUGUCAGAAUCUAGUAAUAGGAUAUGUGAUAUGGCGUAUAAAAUUAUCACAGAAUAUUUACUCACAAUCAAGUAUACCCACAGAUACCAUGCAGUAAGCUCCAUACUUGAUAUAUUGUGGUGAACCGAUAUACAAUACUCCAGCGCCAUUGAUACUGAAUAGUUACUGAAUAAUUAAUGUAAUAUAUACCUAUAGGUGACAAUCAUGCAGCCUAUCUUUUAUAAAUUUGUGUUAAAUUAUUCCUAUAUGAUGAUGUAUUACUGCCUAAUUCAUUCAGUCUUGUAUUACCGUAUUGACGUCUGAAUAAUGAAUAUCGUUGGAUUGGGAUUGGACCUCUUUCUAUUAAAAUUCAGUGGGUUAGUUUAAGCUGAAGAGAAUAAUUUAAGAAAUUGAUAAGCUGGGAAUCUAAAUUUCCAAUUGCUGCCUGCGUGAUUACAUCUUUUGGUGUAUAUUCUUGGUAUUUAAUGCAUAAAAGGAGGAAACAUGUAAAACUGAAUGUAUUUAAUACAGAUGCAUAUUUUCAUAUAAAUUCUAAUACAGAGAUUUAAUUUUUUGUUCGAAUGUCAUAAUUGCAGGGCAAUAAAAUUUGAUAUUUACGCAAUAACAAGACGUUUCGUUUUCAAAAUAGUUUCAAAUGAAUGUGGUUUUGAUAUAAAAUAAAAGCAUGCCGAAAAAUACUUUAAUAAUGUGAAACAUUCUUAUUGAUCUGAAAUUUAAUGAGCCAUCAUAUUACUUGAAAUGUAACACACGCAAUGAACACAACAGAGUUUUAUGGGUACUCCUGAAGUAUGCGCACCAAGAUGUCGCACAACCUGAACCAUAAACUGGUACACAACCUGAGUUCAGGUUGUGCGCUUAAUUCAGGAGGUCUGUUUUAUGUUAUGUGUUGAGGUAGAUAUUAACUUUAAUAUUGUAUUAAAUCACGGUGAAGUUGUUGAUGCCUCACUAAAAUUUGUCCUAACUCCAACACUUUUUAUAGUGCUAUAAUUUUGUAGUUUUAUUGCAAUGAAAUGUGUGCUUGCUUUAAAUGUUAUUUCACAACUUUUAUUCUUUUGAAUUUUAAAUAUGCAUUUGUUGCUAUUAUCAAUAUCAGUUUUCUCUGGUCAUAAUUUCAAAUAUAUUUUGGAGAAAUGUCUUUCUCUAAUAACUAUUAAAUGAAAGUUUGUUUUUUGUUAUUUUUAUUUACAUCUAUAUUGUGUAAUAUUGUCUAAGUGGGCUGAGCAUUUUAUUUAUGUAAAUAGGAAACCAAUUUGUAAAACCAAGGCAAGCAAACAACAAAACACCAAAGUAAAUAUUUCCAAAUUCUUCACAUGGAUUGGUUGUCCACCUUUUAUUUUUAUUUUUUUAUAGUUUUUUUCAUCAUGUAUAUAUAUAUAUAUAAUGAAUAAUGUAUUUGCUAUAGCACGUUUUACAAGGCAAUUGACUCCACAUUUCAACCUUAAGUAAUUGGCGUAUAUUUACGGCCAAUUAAUCGCUUUAAUUUCAUUCAAAGUGUUAUUACCAUCAAUGCGGUGCGACAAUAUGUCCGGUUGAGGAAUUCUUCUACGUCCUUAUGAUUUAGAAAUUCUUGUGUAAUAAAAUGAUACUCUUCUGUCGAUCCACGAUUCAAUAACCAUAGUUUCCUUUCCGCGUAAACUGUCAGUAAUAAACAUUGAUCUUAAGAAAUUUGUUGUAAAUGAAAACAGCAAUUGAUCCAUAUACUUCAAAAACAGUGUAUGUGAUACGUUAUGGUUCUUAUAAUAUGCCGAAUCUCAGAGAUGCUUCUGUGCAUAUCUUCAGUUUAUGAUUUUCGAUUAGGCUUGCUACUUUAACUACCUUUUCGUAAUAUUGUACAACGUUUUGAAUGGGCUCACUUUUUGAAGACUGAGCCCGUCGGAAAUUAUUAAUUCGAAGCAACCGAGCUAUUGCCGCUGUUUACAACGCUUGUGAUUUAUUCUACAAGAUUGAUCAUGCUUUUUUUAUUUACUUAAACCAGGACUUAAAAGCCAUUCUGGCUUACAUACAACUCUGUCGUGGUCUUUAUUUCUGUCGUUUAGAAUUUACAUUCAUUACUUCCAAAUCAAACUGCAAUGUCUGCCAUUGUUAUUUUUAUUUAUGUUUGACAUGAGUGUGGAAACAAUCAAGGGAACUUGUCAGUGUCAAUUAAAUUAAGCGCGGAAAUCAGUUGAUUCAUGCUUUUAUCUCCUUGACUAUUUUAUGUCUGUUUCCAUUGCGGUACCAAUUUACUCAUUCUAAAUGACCUCUUUUCUACGUCGUCUAUUGAAGCGGAAGUAAUAAUUUAAGGAGGUUAUUGUAUUUUUGUUUUUUGCUAUGCUAUCCUAGUUGCUGCACCACCAAUCUACUUUAUUUGUACAAUUUCAAAAAUAAAAAAAUCUCGAAAUAUU